AUGGUCGCCCAGAACUCUACGGCCAACCUGACUACUAUGGUCACCCUGACUACUAUGAUCACUCGUACUACUAUGGUCGCCCAGAACUCUACGGUUAACAGACCAGACUACUAUGGUGACCCUGACUACUAUGAUCACCCUGACUACUAUGAUCACACCUACUACUAUGGUCGCCCAGACUACUACGUCACCCUCACUGCUAAGGUCACCCUGACUACUAUGGUCACACAGACUCCUAUAGUCACCCUGACUUCAAUGAUCAGACCUAUUAUUAUGGUCACCUUGACUCCAAUGGUCACCCUGACUUCUUUGGUCACCCUGAAUACUAUUGUCACCCUGACCCCUAUGGUCACCCUGACCCCUAUGUUCACUCUGACUCCUUUGGUCACACUUACACCUAUGGCCAACCGGAAUCGUAUGGUCAAACUGACUCCUAUGGUCACCCGGACUCCUAUGGUUGCAUGCUUGGCCGUGCAGUUGUUGAACGUCCAUGGUCUUAAUGUCUUUGACCUGGGCUCUUCAUCAUCUUCAUCAUCAUCAUCAUCGGAAGGCCGUAUCAGAAUUAGCCUGUCGGACUUAACGAGAGGCAGCAGCAGCAGCAGCAGCAAUGGCGAUAUUAAUGGCGGCGGGACGGGCGAAAAUGGCGGUGAUGGUGGUGCUGGUGGUGCUGGCGGUGCUGGAGGUGUUGACGGUGGGAACGGCGGCAGUGGCGGACAGCAUUCUGGCCCUGCUCAUGUCGGCGGCGACUGUUCCGGGUGCGGAAGCUGCUUCGACCCGCAUGCUAUCUGUAAGGAGUACGGCUGUUUCAACAUCUGUAUGUGUGAGCCGGGUUACGCGUUUGUCAAGAACGGAGCCUUUCAAUGUGGACAGUGUCUUCCAGAGUGUUCCUGCGAGGAUGGUCAGGAGUGCGUAAAUGGAGAAUGCGUUCCCGAGUGCGUCGGAUGUGAAGUGCGCAUGCCCGGAGGCGAAUGCGUGGAACUUCUUUACGGAGACGACUGCACGCUGUUCCCUGACGGUUGUUGCCGUGACGAUCUCGCAUGCAUGAGUGGCAUAUGCGAAUGUGUGAACGCGGGUCUCCAAAACGACGAGGAUGAAGACAAGUGUUUGGGUGAUGACCUCGGUGAGCCUUGCGAUGAUAAUGAUGAAACCGACCUAUGCACAAUCAAAAACAAUCGUACCGUGUGUGUCAGUGACGGGGAUGGCAACCCGGUGUGUAGCUGCUCUAAACCAUUCUUUGAAGAAAACGGCAUCUGUGAGUGUUCAUGUGACGAUGGAGAUAGUUGCCCUUGCGCCAAUGGUCAGGAGUGUAUAAAUGGAGAAUGCGUUCCCGAGUGCGUCGGAUGUGAAGUGCGCAUGCCCGGAGGCGAAUGCGUGGAACUUCUUUACGGGGACAACUGCACGCUUUUCCCUAACGACUGUUGCCGUGACGAUCUCGCAUGCAUCAAUGGCACAUGCGAAUGUGUGAACGCGGGUCUCCAAAACGACGAGGAUGAAGACAAGUGUUUGGGUGAUGACCUCGGUGAGCCUUGCGAUGAUAAUGAUGAAACCGACCUAUGCACAAUCAAAAACAAUCGUACCGUGUGUGUCAGUGACGGGGAUGGCAACCCGGUGUGUAGCUGCUCUGACCCAUUCUUUGAAGAAAACGGCAUCUGUGAGUGUUCAUGUGACGAUGGAGAUAGUUGCCCUUGCGGCAAUGGUCAGGAGUGUAUAAAUGGAGAAUGCGUUCCCGAGUGCGUCGGAUGUGAAGUGCGCAUGCCCGGAGGCGAAUGUGUGGAACUCGGUCACGGAGACGACUGCACGCUGUUCCCUGACGGUUGUUGCCGUGACGAUCUCGCAUGCAUGAGUGACAAAUGCGAAUGUGUGAACGUGGGUCUCCAAAACGACGAGGAUGAAGACAAGUGUUUGGGUGAUGACCUCGGUGAGCCAUGCGACGAUGACAAUGAUGAACCCGACCUAUGCACACUCAAAAACAAUCGUACCGAGUGUGUCAGUGACGGGGAUGGCAACCCGGUGUGUAGCUGCUCCCAACCAUACACUCUAAAAGACGGCAUCUGUGAGAAAUAG